UCGUGCGAGAAAGUUCAGUGAUAAGCUCAUCCAGCCAGUCACCGAUGGCAUGGCUUUCACAGAGCGCCAGUGAAACGCGACUUCCUGACAAACAGAUGCAAACGACGACCGGACUCAUCCAUCCCAAAAGCACAAACCACUGAGCGCCGUGUGAUUAUUUUUAGUUUGACAGUGCCGGCAAUCGGACGUCGGACCGUGACAAACGCAUAGUUGUUAAACUUUCAUACUGUUUACUGGUCUGGUCUGGUCUGGUCGCUGUCGUCCAUCGAAGCAGCGCCUUUUCCCGAUUACCACUCUCGCAGACAGCUAGAAGCAGAUCUUCUUGUUCGAUUCGAUUGAGUUUGGGAGGCGGCUCGAACUUGCCUGCCAGUUUAGUGGAAGUGUGCACCGAAGAUCGUCACCAGUCGUCACCGAAUACCCGCCGUGAUUGGUGAUUGGUCUUAUGAAACUGGUCUUUCUUCCGUCUCUCCUCGAGCGAGUGGUCGUGUACUUUUCUUUUUUUGUUUUUGGUCGAGCGCGGUGUGAUCCAGUAGUGUGGUGUCUCUAAAAAGGCAAGAAGAUAAAAAUCAACCGGUCAAGAAUUCGACCACAACCCUGUGUGAUAUUUAGAGCACGAUAAGGAAAAUUGUGCAGGUUGCUGAUACCCGCCGAAAGAACCCCCGAAAGUGACCGAUCCAAGAAUCCGGAAAAAUGUCUAAAUUCGCCUGGGUGACGCUCGCCACCAAUGACUCCUACUCGCUGGGUGCCCUCGUGGUGGCCAAUUCCCUCAAAAGGGUUCACACGGCUCAUCAGCUGGCCGUCCUCAUCACGCCGGGCGUAUCGGAAUCGAUGAAAACCCGAUUGCGUUCAGUGUUCAACGUGGUCCAGGAAGUAAAUCUCCUAGACUCGAAGGACGAAGCCAACCUAGCCCUGCUGAAGCGGCCUGAGCUGGGCAUCACAUUCACCAAGCUCCACUGCUGGCGCCUGACGCAGUUCGAGAAGUGCGUUUUCCUCGACGCCGACACGCUGGUGCUGCGAAACUGCGAUGAACUCUUUGAGCGGGAGGAACUCUCCGCGGCUCCGGAUGUCGGCUGGCCCGAUUGCUUCAACUCGGGCGUCUACGUGUACCGCCCCAGUCUGGACACGUUCUCCAGUCUGAUCCAGUUUGCCGUCAGCCACGGAAGCUUCGAUGGUGGCGAUCAGGGUCUGCUCAAUUCGUACUUCUCCGAUUGGGCACACACCGACAUUUCCAAGCAUCUGCCCUUCAUAUACAACACAUCGACGGUGGCUUCCUACUCGUAUCUUCCAGCAUUUAAGCAAUUCGGCCAGAACACCAAAAUUCUGCACUUCAUCGGAACGGCUAAACCGUGGCUCCAGAACUUCAACUCGGAAACCCGCAAGGUGUACGUACCCCACGGCUAUCAACAUCUGACCAACUUUUUGCAGUUCUGGUGGGACGUUUUCUGCGAGGAUGUUCACUCGCGCCUCAGCUCUGAUAUGCAACGGUUGUUUGAUCGUUGGAUUAAACCGGUCCAGGUCAGUGAUAGUGGUAGCGGUGCUUACCGUUCCUCUGGGACUGGAACCGUUUUCAACGAAUAUGGUAAUUAUGGCGGUAAUGCUGGCGCUGAAUUUAUAGACACGAAUGGUAACUUUGACAAGACUGCUCGCCAGCAACAGCAGUUACGGGAUGCGUUCAUACCAAGGUAUGAUGAAAAACUCGAAGAAUACGUUGAUCCAUGGGAGGAAUACCAUCGUAAGCAGGACGAAGAACGAGAGCGUCGUGCUCAGGAGGCUCAGAAACGUGAAGAGCUAAGAUUGUAUUACGAGUAUUUAGAUUCGCUGCCACAAGAACACCAGCGACUUCAGCAUGGUGUUCAAGAGGAUGCUACUAAUGUUUUUCAGAGUUCAGAACAGUGGGUACAGUACUCUCAACAGCAUGAUCAAAUGGGUCCCUGGGAGCCAGAACCCGCUCCUCCAUCUCCUCCGCAUUAUCAUGACAGCUCAAGCGAUCAGCAACAGCACCAGCAUUACCAUGAUCAUCACCAUCAUCAACCCUUAGGAGGAGGGGAUUGGCAACAUAAAGGUGGGGAAGGUUAUUACGGUGAUGGUGGUGGUGGUAGUAGUGUGAGUGAUGAUCGAAACCAAUCGCAAGCACAGCAUCAUCAGCUUCAUGAUCAGCAGCACCAGCACCAGCAGGAAGGGCAAAGGCAGCACGAUCAUGCAAUAACCAACACCGAGGAGAGUGGCCUUGCUGGAGCACUGUCACAGCUGCAUCUUGGUGAACCGAAAUCCAUCGAGCAGGAAGCGUACGAAGAGCACAUGCGUCGCCAGUGUUGGGAAACUGGCAACAUCGACUAUAUGGGUCGGGAUUCGUUCGACAACAUCUGGCGCCGUAUUCAAGCCACGCUAGAUGCGAAAGCUGCUCAAACGAAAGCUAGUACAGAAGCACAAUCUGCUGGUGCUGCUGCUGCUACACCGAUCCGUGCCAUCAGUCCCGCGCCACCGAAGCAUCGUCGUUCGGCCAAGUCUCGCUCACGAUCAACCACGCCCAAGCGUGAUCCUCGGGAUCGAUCGCCGACUCCGCAACCCGAGGACAACGUACCUGUAGAGAAAAAGGAAGUUCAAAUUGAACCACCAAUUCUCGAAGAGGAGGACAGUUUGAGCGCUACAUCCGGACAAGUGCAGGAUCAGGGUACAGUUAGAAGCCGUCCGAUGACCCCACUUACCGAGAAAGUAUUUGCAGGUCCACAAGCCACUUCCGGUGGUGUCGAUGUUGUCGAUGCCCCGCAGAAGGAGGCUGUUACACCACCACGAUCUGAACCGAGUCCAGCACCACAAGCUGCUUCAUCUACUCCACCACCACCACAACCAAUGCGAGAGGAGCCACCAGUUGCGAUACCAUCACCAGUGGCAUCAGCAGCUCCUUCACCGAGUCGGUCUUCCCCAAGGCCUCAACCCCCACCACUUCAAGUUGCUGAGGAAUCGAUGGCAGGUAAACCAUACAAAACCGUUGCCAGCGAACCUGUCAGAACCGUUCGACGCAAACAAUUAGUAUCACCACCACAAGCAGCGCCUGCUGCGACUGUCACUACUACCAGCACAAUGACACAAACUAAAACCAAACCGAGAAUCGUGCCUGCAAAGACUGCAACGACGGUUAGCAGCAUCCCCAUUAAACCUAUUCGAACUGUAGAAGAACCAUCCGAAGCGCCACCAUCGCUUAUCAAACGAACUACCAACUCCGUAACACACACAAACGCAACUGUCAAACCGCAAACCAAAACACUGCCAACUAUUGCUUCGUCACUGACAUCAUCGUCACAGCAAGCGUCAUCACCAUUAGUGCCAUCAUCAUUGUCACCCAUAAGCCAAGAUGGUAGCAAAGCUGCCAUCGCCAGUUCCACCUUGGAAGAUCAACUACCACCCUCCACAUCUCCCCCGGUGCCACCGCGCCGAAAGCGGGAAAGUAAGGUGGCCCAAAUAGGUAAAGCUCCGAAAUAAGAGUCCUACUACUACUAUUACUACUACUACUGUUACGUUUACUAUUGUUUUGCACGUGCCCAUUCUGCGGAGAUGUUAGAAUGAUAAUUUCUUUCUUUUAUUUUUCAUUAUUAAGUUUAGUCUUAUUACUGUUCAGUGUUCUACUGUCUACAUCUACAAUACUUUUCCUUAUCGAAUCACUUUCGCGAGCAUGGCACCGCAGUACACUAUUGUUUCGAUGAUCGCACACCGUCAUACACCCAAGUAUACACGUCAAGUAUAUAUACAUAUGUACAACUAUCGGCCAGCUUUUCUGACUUGUCUGAAUUAUGAUUGUUUAUCCUAAAAAAAACGAAACAACCACUGAUAUUUUUGUAAGUUGUAUUUUUGAUAAUAUGAUAAAAAAAGGCUAGGAAAAUGUGCCGCUCCAUUUGCAAAAAGGAAGAGAAAACGUAACCAUAUGCAAACUCUCAACCUUGACGCCAAAUGGUAGAAAAUUUCAACCAAAAUUAACUGAAAAUUGUUUUCAAAAUGUGUUUUCCUUCUUUCUAACGGACGACUGUUAUUUUCCUUCCUACUUAAAUGACUUUCUCUUUUCUUUCUUCUCUUUUUGUAAUGUGUUUUUAUUUUGCUGAUUACUGGCAUACCAUUUGUAUUACUUUCUUCAAAAAUUCAAUAAAAAAAACGAUAAACUAACUCAACUGAAACUUUCAACUCGCUUAAAAAAGAGGGUUCCAAACCGAAAAACAGACAUGCGAAUGCUGCUGUAAAGCCAAAAAAGACGACGUUCACAGAUCUAUUCUUCUCGUGUUUACCGUGUACGAAACGAAAAGAAAUAUGAAAUAUCUAUUUGAAUGAAAUAAACAUGACUUGCGACUAAUCGAA